AUGCCAAGAGAAAUUAUAACAUUACAGGUGGGCCAAUGUGGUAACCAAAUCGGGUCAGAAUUUUGGAAACAACUUUGUAAAGAACAUGGUAUUAAUCCAGCUGGAUAUUUAGAAGACUAUUCAAUACCGGGUAUCGAUAGAAAAGAUGUGUUUUUUUAUCAAUCAGAUGAUGAUCAUUAUGUACCAAGAGCACUCUUAUUAGAUUUGGAACCAAGGGUAAUAGAAUCAAUCAAAACAUCAGAGUAUGCAAAUUUAUAUAAUCAAGAAAACAUUUAUAUAUCAGAAAAGGGUACUGGCGCAGGUAACAAUUGGGCAAAUGGCCAUAAACAAGCAGAGUCAUUAUCGGAUGAAAUUUUUGAUAUGAUUGAUAGAGAGGCUGAUGGUAGUGAAAGUUUGGAAGGUUUUUUAAUGACACAUUCAAUUAGUGGUGGUACAGGUAGUGGCAUGGGAUCAUUUAUAUUAGAGCAACUUAAUGAUCGUUAUCCAAAGAAAAUUAUACAAACCUAUUCAGUAUUUCCAGAUGAUUCAUCAGUAGUAGUUCAACAAUACAACUCAGUAUUAACAUUGAAGCGUUUAAUAGAGAAUGUAGAUUCCACUGUAGUAUUGGAUAACCAUGCACUUCAUCGUAUUGUCGGUGAAAAUUUACAUAUUGACCAGCCAACAAUGGACCAAACCAAUUCUUUAGUAUCAACAGUAAUGAGCGCUUCAACUACGACUCUCCGUUAUCCAGGCUAUAUGAAUAAUGAUUUGGUUGGUAUGUUGGCAUCGUUAAUACCAACACCCAAAUGCCACUUUUUAAUCACCGGUUAUACACCACUUACUAUCGAUAGACAAACCGAAUCAGUAAGAAAAACUUCAGUAUUGGAUGUUAUGCGUCGUCUUUUACAACCCCAAAAUAUUAUGGUCUCGGCACCAACCAAAACUGGUAAAUAUGUAAGUAUAUUCAAUAUUAUUCAAGGCGAUGUUGAUCCAACUCAAAUUCACAAUAGUCUUCAAAGAAUACGUGAAAAGAAAAUGGCAACUUUCAUAGACUGGGGUCCAGCAAGUAUCCAGGUCGCUUUAACCAAGAAAUCACCAUAUAUCAAAACCAAUCAUAAAGUUUCAGGUCUAAUGAUGGCAAAUCAUACAAGCAUUCACCAUUUAUUUAGCAAAGUUACAAAACAAUACGACAAAGUUAGAAAAAGGAAUGCUUUCAUCGCAAACUAUACAAAAGAGUCUGAUGAUAUUUUACAAGAAUUUGAUAUAGCAAGGGCAACUCUUGAGGAUUUAGUACAGGAGUAUAUUGCUGCAGAAUCACCUGAUUAUAUAAAUUAUCACAUGGAUAAAGAGUUUAAUAAUAAUAAUAUGAAACAACAACAAUAUGCAACAGUUUAA